AUGGCAGAUCGCAGGCUGGGGCUGCCCAAUCUGGCCCUGCAGCUGGUGGGGAUCUUACCGGAGGUCCAGAGGCCUAGCAGCACGGUCCCUCACCGCCAGAAGCUGGCUUACACGGCCGUCUCCCUCCUCAUCUACCUUGUCGGCAGCCAACUGCAUGUGUAUGGAUAUGGAGUCCGUUCUCCAUCGGCUGCUGAAUCUCAGUACUGGGUUGACAUGCCCGACCUCAACUCCGUUAUGUGUGACGGGAUCAUGCCCCUCGUUCUGUCCGAGAUGUUGCUUCAUUUGUUGCUGCGGUUGAAGGUUCUUAGGGUGAACAAUCAUGAGGACCGGACGCUCCUGAAUCGGGUGCAGAAGUUCCUUGGGGUAGUUUGUGCCGCUUAUUUUUCAAUAUGCAGGGUGCUAAUUUCAACUAUCUUGGGCAAACUGACCAUAGCGCAGUCAAUUCUGAUCGUGCUUCAGCAUUUCUUUGGAUGUGUCAUCAUCAUUUAUGUUGAUGAUCUCCUAAAAAAGGGAUAUGGGUUUCUUUCGAGUAUCCCCUUGUUCAGUGCCACCGACAUCUGUGCAAGUAUUUUCUGGAAAGCUUUUAGCCCCGGAGAAGGAGCUGUGACUUCCUCCAUUAUUAAUGGAAACUACAAAUUGUCUUCGAUGCAUAAAGUGUUGGGCAGUCUAGACCUUCCGGAGAUGGCUAGUAUGCUCACCACGUGCGCCUUCUUUCUAUUCGUCCUCAGCCUGCAAGGCUUCCAUGUCAUGUUGCCAGUGAGAUCCAGUGAGGAGGCUAGUAUGCAAAUGAACUAUGCCAUCAAGCUUUCCUACUUCUCCUUUGCACCCCUACUCUUCCAUGAUGCAUUGGCCAUAUUCCUAUACUUCAUCUCAGAGUUGCUACGCGUGAAAUUUGGUGAAAACAACAAGGUGGUCAAUUUGCUGGGCAAGUGGAAGAAAUCACAAUGUUUUGGGCAAGCAGUUCCAGUCAUUGGCUUAGCCUACGACAUGACCACACCACCAACCAGCUUGGCUGACGUAGGAAGACACCCAUUCCACACACUGGUUUGUGCGCUGUGGCAGCUUCUGGGGUGUGGCCUUGUGUCAUUGUCCUUUUUCAGUGUUUGUUCACAUUCAGAGUUGUACGUUGGCAGGUUGCUUGGGGGGCGACGGAAUGCAACAACUGCCCAGCCGGACUCUGUUCCUCUGCUGCUAUGGAGGUGCUAUGUCGGUAAGGCAGCGUUUCUUGUGGGACUCUGCAUUGGUGCACUUAGGCUUCUGGCAGGCCUUGCCGGCGUGGUCGGCUCCGGCACCGGGAUCAUGAUCGCCGUCACUGUCUUGUACUCCUGCUUCGAAGAGACCAGCCUUGGAGGAAGGCCGGCUGGUGCCUUCGGUUUCUGA